ACGGCUGGGAUGUUUUCAAAACGAGCGAUGAACGUCACACAGCCGUAGGCUACGGUUAACGUCCAAUAUUUAGGAAAUAACUGUUUAUAUUGCGCAAUAUUAACAUAUAGCUGAACCUGAAUGAGUCGGCGGGAACGUGUUACCCAGUGUAAAGGUGCAUGAUGAACCUACUGCGCUGUAGCUGUCACAGCUAGUCAGGUGCCGCACCAUGGCCAAACCUGGGAGCGACAGAGAUGGAGCCAUGGUGGAUAAGCAGGCAGGGAAGAAGAGUAAAGACAAGUUGUCCCCUUUCACCAAAACUCCGAAGCUGGACCGGAGUGAACUGCUGGGGAAGGAAGGGAAAGCAAAGUCUUCUAUGAAACGCAAGCUCUCCUUCACCUCAAGUCCACUCCGGACAGAGGAGCGGGACUCAGACACUGAUGACUCAGACCCAGGCCAGUCGAGUGAGACCUGGGGAGAGAGAUUAGUGCCUCCCUGCAGGAUAUACGCAGAUAAAGAUGGACCAGACAAGAAGAAGAUGAAAAAGGAGGGCGGAGGCAAGAAGUCCCAGGCCAACCUUUUGUUUGGGUAUCCUCUGUCAGAGCGCAAACAGAUGGCUCUCCUCAUGCAGAUGACUGCCAACAGUCCAGACUCAACUCCCAGUCAUCCCUCACAAACGACCCCUGUGCAAAAGAAAGUCCCCAGCAGCACCUCGUCUCGACAGAAGGACAAGGUCAACAAGAGGAACGAGCGAGGGGAGACUCCCCUUCACAUGGCAGCCAUCCGGGGAGACGCCAAACAAGUAAAAGAGCUCAUUAGCCUGGGAGCUGAUGUCAACGUCAAAGACUUUGCAGGUUGGACGCCUCUUCAUGAAGCCUGUAACCUUGGCUACUAUGACGUGGCGAAGGUCUUAAUAGCAGCGGGUGCAGAGGUGAACACGCAAGGUCUGGAUGACGACACGCCACUCCAUGAUGCCUCAAGCAGUGGGCACAAAGAUAUUGUGAAGCUGCUACUACGCCAUGGUGGUAACGCCUUCCAAGCCAACAAGCGUGGGGAGCGUCCGGUGGACGUGGCGGACUCUCAGGAGCUGGAACAGUUACUAAAGGGAGAGUUGCCAAUGUCGGACCAAGAAGACAGCUCAUCAGAGUCUGAUGACCCACCAUCUGUAAACCCAUCCAGCGUGGAUGACAACAUGGACGACUCUGAUACUGAAAAAGACUCUGAUGGUAAACCAGCCACAAAGUCUUCAUCGUCCAUGCCGGGGUUGGAUGAGUAUGAGUUCAAGGACGAAGAGGAGGAGGAGGAUCUAAGUAAAGCCUUGAAUGACAGACACAUCCUCCGGAGGGAACUACGGCAGCGGGAGAAGGAGGACAAAGAGAGGAAUCAUGUGGCAGGAAAGCAAAGUGGCAAAGGGGACUCUUCCUCAAAGUCCAAAAAGCAGAAGACGUCUCGUGUCCACUGCAGCUCAGACUCCUCCAGCGAUGAACUAGAGAGCCUUCCAGAGAAGAGGAACUCCCCCACCUGCUCUCAGAGUUCAGACAGCCUCAGGGCGGACACACGGUCUAAAAAGGAGAACGCAGAGCAGAAGGAGAAGGGCAAAGUGAAGAGGAAGAGCAAAAGCCAGAAUAAAAACAAGGAAAACCAAGAGGACGGGAAGGAGAACAGCAAGACUUUAGUCCUCUCGCUAGCAACCGUGUCAGAGAGCACAGAAAAAGGUCGAGAGGAAGACUCCUUUAAGAUGUCUUUCAGUCCGAAAGAUGACUCAUCCGUCCAUCUCUUCCAUUUGUCGUCCAUAAAAUCUCCAAAACUGAACCACAGCCUGACUGAUAAACAAACACCACUCAAACAGGAAAAUACUAAAAUGUGCAUUUCCAUCAGUGACAGCUCAUGUCCAGUGGACGGUGUCAAAUUCAACCACUACACAGACGCAGACUACUGCACUGAAGGCUCCAGCACCAAAGGGUACAAGCACAAAGAAAAGAGCAAACAUCAACAGAAAGACUCCAGUGUAGAGGGGGACGACGGCCACUCAAGCCCUUACAAAGACGGCAGCCUAGGAAACAGUGUGGACAGCACUGACGGUGCCUUACGGAAGACGGACUUAGACGGGAAAGUCAUAAAGAAGCAUAAACUAAAACACAAGGAGAAAGACAAACACAGGAGGGAAUAUGAGGCAGAGCGGAGCCGCCACAGGCAGAAGGAGGCCAGGAAAGACGGCCACAGGAAUUUAGAGUUUGACAGAGAGUUCUGGAAAGAAAAUUUUUUCAAAAGUGAUGAGACAGAUGAAGCUCUGCCAGUUAAAAAGGAAGGUGAAGACAAUAACUUGCUGCAGAAAACUUCUGAUUCGUCUCCUGUCAAAGAUGAGAGAAACACAAAGGAAAAACACUCCAGCAGCAGGGAAAAGAGGCUGAGAGAGGAACGGGAAAAAGACAAGGCGGUGAAAAAAGAGCGGAAGGAGUCUGCUGGUAAAGAGGAGAAGGUAAAGGAUUCAAAGCCAAGUGAGCGUGACGAGCGAGUAGACUGCCACGGCUCAGGGCGGAUUCCUGAGGAGACUCUGCAGAGCAACAGCUUGAAAGAAGAAACAGAGGAGAAACCCAUAAGUGGGAUCACAGCUGAUCAAGAACAGCUGGAGUCCUCUGAAAAAGGCUCACGCGAGAAAACUGACAAGAGGCUCCCAGGAAAGGAGAAAGAUUCAGAAAAGAUGGAGAAAAGGCAUCCUGAUAAAGACAAAAAGGUUAAAACUGAGCACCCAGACAAAGCUGACUCUCAGAAUUCAGUGGAUCGUUGGAAAGAUAAAGAAAGAACAGGAGCAAUUUCUUCCCAUUCGCCUGCAGAUAAGAACUACAAAGAGAAUGAGAAGCUCAAGUCUUUAUCCACAACAAAAAAGCACGAAGACAGCAGGAAAAAUAAAGAUAAGUUUGACAAACGGUCUGAUAGGGAGAGGCCGGACAGAGAAUAUAAUGUUGGGGAUCACAGAGAAAAGGAACGCACAAACUCCGAUAAGAAAGCAAAACCUUUGGAGAAGGCCACAGAUCACAGUAAAUCAGAUCGCUUGAAAGAAAAGGACUGUGACAGGAAAAGGAGAGAUAAAAUUAAAGAUGGAACUUCUUCCAGCUCUAAUCUGAAGUUACUUUUAGAGGAGAAGAAGGGCUAUCUGUCUGAGAGCAGCAAGUCCUUAUCUGCUAAAUCAAAGGAGGAAGUUAUGAGAACGCCAGAGAAAGAUCGUGACCGCAGAGACCGGGAGAGAGACUGGGAUAAACACAAGGACAAGGAUAAGGACCGGCACAAAGACCGCUCCCAGCAGGCCAAAAUCAGCAAGGCCAAAGCCAAUGAGAUGGAUGCAGAUAAGGCCAAAUCAAAAGCCUCUCCUGCAACACGGGACACAAAGCCCAAAGAGAAACGGCUCGUGAAUGAUGACCUGAUGCAGACGAGCUUUGAGCGCAUGCUCAGCUUGAAGGAUCAGGAGAUUGAGCAGUGGCAUCGCAAACACCUGGAGAAAAUCAAACAGAAAGAGCGGGAGAGGCUCAAACAGCGGCCUCUCGCAGAUCCUGUAAAGUCUAAACCUAAAGACAGGACAAAGCCUGAACCGUGCCUGAGUAAAGAGCUCAUGCGCUCUAAAAGCUCUGAAGCCUCCGACAGAGAUAAACCUCUGAAGGACGGUACCAGUCCCAGAACAAUGUCGCUCGAUGGAAAGACUCUCCCUGCUAUUGGUGCAAAGGUCAUGUCUGCAGUGGAAAACUGUCUAAGCAGAUCUCCGAGACCAGAGAGUGAACGCUUUGGCCUCAUAUCGCGGUCUGUGUCGUUGGUUUCUGUCGCCAGCUCUGAGGAUUCCUGUCAGGCGACAAUGCUAACACCCCGACAUGUUGAAUACGACUCUGACAUGAACAUGGAAGCCUCGGACUCUCAACCUGCAUUCCUUCAGUCUUCCCUUGUCAUCCAGGCCACGAGAUCUCCAUCAGUUCACGAUAAAGAGUGCAACAGUCUUCCAGAUGUGCCACAAAGUAAUCGGACGCCGCUGCCUGGCAGACACGAAUCUCCGUAUCUCAGGGCUAUUCUCGACGAGGACGCCAACUCAGUAACCGAAGGCAAAGCUGUAGAAAAUCCUAAAUCUAUCCAGCAAGGUGAGGACGUGAGAACAAAAGAGACCCCAGCUGAAACAGAGGAGAGUCUUACAAGUCAACAAGUUGUGAAUUCCGUUUCUGAUCCAGUCAUGGAGAGGGAAGGGAGCACGCCACAAAUGUCGAAUAAAGACCCCGAGAGUAAAAACCUGACAGAGAGUUGUAACUCUCAAACAGGAUCGACUGAGCAGAAAACUCUCUCCUCCUCUGAUCCGCCUCUUUCAAAGGACACUCAGAGUCUGACUGAAAACUCGCAUGUUGAAUGUAGUAACAAAGAUUCUGAUCAAACAUCCAUACCUUCAUCUUCUGUAUCCGCCGAGCCAUCAGCGCCCACAAACACAAAAACCCUCCAGCAAAGGGAACCGCUUGCCGUUUCUGGGAAUGAGAGCGUGCAGCAGACAGAAACAAGCAGCACACAUGUUUCUGACCUUAAAGACAAACCUCUGGAGAGUGCUGAUGGAGCAGAACAAGAGAAUAUGGAAACUGUUUCAGAAAGUGCCAGAGCAGAGGGUGUAGGAAGUCCUGUACCGUCCACCAGCUCAUACAUUCCUAGCUCCUCUGCAGGGGAGUCAGGCUGCAGCAAAGCAAACCCUGAGCCUGAGUGUCCUGUUGAGGAAAUGGAGGUAGAUAACAAAGACUGUAAGAAAUCCAAACCUUCCAGUGAUGCUGCAGGUUCAUGUCCUGACUCUCAGGUGGAGAAGAGUGAAAGCAAGCCGCCUGCAUCUUCACACAGUCCUGAACACAAGGCUGAAGAGACAACUGACGUCCUACAGAGUUUAGAGAGCGACAGCACUGCUGCUGUGUCUGCAACAACAGAGAGUUCAUCAGCUGAGAGCAGCUCAGCCACAGACGGAUCCUCAGAAUCCAAAGCAGAGACGAGCGCAGAACCGAUGGAGGUUACACCUGCCGAAGAGAAAUCAGAGCCGUCUUCAUCCGGAGAAGAGCAGGGCCAAAGCACCGUCCAACCAGCUGCUCAGACAGAUUCUACGAGUGGCUCAGGGAGCUCCUCUCCUCAAUCUGGAGACCGGGAUUCUGACUCCUCGGGAGCUAAAGUGAAGGUUCGCUCCUCUGAUGACGAUAUCGACAUUCACGUGCCCCAUCCACGCAAGAGGAAGAUGCCCAAAGUUUCAAACUCCCAGACAAGCUCCACGGCUCAGCAAGAGAAAGACAGAGGGCAGCAGUCUCUGGCUGCCAUCGUGGACUCUGUGAAGCUGGAGGAGAUCGAGCCGUACCAGACGGAGAGAGCCAACCCGUACUACGAGUUCCUGCACAUCAGGAAGAAGAUCGAGGAGAAACGCAAAGUAUUGUGCAGCGUCACACCUCAACCGCCGCAGUAUUAUGAUGAAUACGUGACCUUCAAUGGAUCCUACCUCUUAGAUGGGAACCCACUCAGCAAACUCUGUAUACCAACAAUAACUCCACCUCCAUCAUUACCCGAGCAGCUGAAAGAAAUGUUUAAACAACAAGAGGUCGUCCGCAUGAAGCUACGACUACAACACAGCAUUGAAAGGGAAAAGCUAAUUGUCUCAAAUGAACAGGAGGUCUUAAGAGUCCAUUACAGGGCAGCGAGGACACUGGCCAAUCAGACUCUGCCUUUCAGCGCCUGUACAGUUUUAUUGGACGCUGAAGUGUACAACAUGCCUCAGGACGUUCAGGUAAGCGAGGGCGAUGACGGUAAAACAUCCGUUAGAGAUCGAUUCAACGCUAGGCAGUUCAUGUCGUGGUUACAAGAUGUUGAUGACAAAUUUGAUAAGCUGAAGACUUGUCUUCUGAUGAGGCAGCAGCACGAGGCGGCCGCUCUGAACGCCGUGCAGCGCCUGGAGUGGCAGCUCAAACUGCAGGAGCUUGACCCGGCCACCUACAAGUCCACCAGCAUCUUUGAGAUCCCUGAGUUCUACAUCCCACUCGUGGAGGUCAACGACGACUUCGACCUCACCCCCAUAUGAGCUGCAGGACAAAAGCGCUUAGCCACAGAGGCGGCCAUGUUGGCGACCCAACACAGCCUGCACAUUCGAGGAACGAGAGAGAAAAAUGUGAAGCACUUAGAAUGUGGCAGUUACACAGAAGAGCACUUAGAAAAGAGGUGAUUUUACUCCAGAGCUCUUACAGUCCAAACCGGCUCGCCUACGACGAGGACAGACGGGUUCUCGCACAGAAAACGGGGUCCAGGCAGCGAUGAAGCCCAGGAAACAGAGACCAAAAGGCGGACUGGGCGGCGCCGGGAGCUGCAACGAUGAGCUGGGUGAUGACGAAGACCAGCUGCUUCCGCUCGUCUUCACGCAGGGUCACACAAGUGAAAGAUUUCAAUGUUUUCAAAGUGAGUGUUCAUACAUUGUGUACAGACUGUGCUCUUAAUUUUUUAACUUAUUUUAUACAUAAACAAUUGUGCAUUUGUAAAUAGUCAUGUAAUUAUUGUUUUAAACUUGUAAAAACAAAAAAUAUUAGAUAUUUUGAUUGUAAACUUGUUCUGUCUCAUGUUUUAAUGGACCAAAGUUGGUUUUUAUAUCGAGUCCUCUUCGUCCGUGAUGUUCUUGUUGUUGUUGGCUUAAACUCUUAAGCAUGUGUUGGCUUUUGUUGUGUUAUUUUGUUUUUACUGUUUCUUCCUUCCUCAUCUGGAGCUCCACGCCACAGCUAGUGUUUUCGACUUUGGCAAUUAAAUGCUGUGCAUGCGUUGCGUUGUUUGUACUUUUUUCCUAAAAAGCUGUACUGUGGACUUAAUUGUGAGGUUUACUGAAGUGUUCCAGCUUUUUUUGCGCCAUUGUGUUACGUCCUAUUUGCCGCCUCACUCCUCAUGUGUCGUCCAUUGUGUCUUGCGCACAUUAAAGUCUGUUGUGGCUUCCAAGGAGAAAAAAAAACAUACUUUUACAGUUUCAAUGUGAGAUCACAACAAAACCUAUUUUUUCAACAUAAUGCCUUUUGAACGAUAGUUCUAAAAAAUGUCUAUUUUAAUAUUUACUUGUUACAUGACUUGUACAUAUUUGUAAU